AUGUGUCCAGAGGCAGCCAAGUUUCGGGUAGCACCACUACAAGAUGAGGAGGACUUGAGGGAGAUAUUUAACAAGAAUGUUGUGACCAAUGUGCUUGCUAGGGUGCCUCCAUCAUCAAAGGUUCAAGCUUCUCAGCCUACGGUCAACAUUGAAGAUGUUGAUGGUUCAGGUUGUGAGGGUGAAGAUGAUACACAUGUUACACCUUUGCAUGUCAUGAGUAGAAAGAAGAGAACAUGCCCAUACUCACCUAGUCCAUCAACUACACCAAGGGUUAGCGUUGAGAGCUCCUCCAGAUUAGACCGUUUGAUCAACUUGUUUGAAAAGAAGGAGAAAAAUAAGGAGGAUGAGAAGAUUAGGAAGAUGGAUGAGGAUGAAAAGACUAAGGAUGGAGCUAAGCCUGGGAGUGAUGAGUAUUUCUACGCCACAAAUCUUUUUAUUAUACAGGAAUAUCGUGAUGUAUUCACUUGUUUGGAGGAGGAGGAUGCUCCUAGCCAGAGGCUUUGGUUCGAUUAG